AUGUGUUGUAUGCAUGGAAAGAUAGAGCUUCCUCCACCUCCUCAGCUGCCUCAAGUUAUGAUCGAUCUUCUACUUAACGGAGACACCCGAAGCAAAAAUUUCCGAGAGAAUAUUCGCGCUUAUAACUCGAUGUUUGCAUUCACUUCUAUGGGAGGAAAAGUUGACACGUCAAUCAACAAAGGGCGUGGACCUCCUGUUUUCCGAUUAUUAGGUCAGAAUUACCACAGGAUUGGAAGUUUACUCCCUCUAGAUGACUCACGACCCAAAUUCCAACAGCUUUACAUAUUUGAUACGGUCAAUGAAAAUGCAAACAGAAUCGCAGCAUUCAGUUCAAAAAGAACGACACCAACUUCUGAUAUAAAAAUACUCAGGGAUGAUAUUGUGGAAGAAAUCAAAAUUAUGCUAAACGAGUCCAACCCAUACGCAAAGAUCCUUCGGACAGCAAAGGAACGGUUCAGAGAUUCGUUAGAAUCUAUGAAUGUCAAAGUGAGAUUGAUUUCAGGACGUUCCAUAGAUCCUAAUACAUAUAAUAUGCCCACGUGCUCAGAAGUUGCUGCACUUUUGGUUGGAGAUAUUGAUGAAGAGUUUGAGGAGAGAGACAUUGUGGUGGAAACAAAAAGUAGAGAUUUGGCAAGGAUCAGUGAGCUUCACCCAGCAUAUCUUCCAUUACAAUAUCCAAUUUUGUUUCCAUAUGGAGAGGAUGGUUACCAUAUCGAUCUGCAUCUAAAGAGAACAACGACAACAUCGACAAACCCAAGGUUUAGAGUGAGCAUGAAAGAGUUUUUUUCUUACAAGCUCAUGGAACGUGGCAACCACUUCAACAUGUUAUUGUAUUCUGGAAAGCUGUUUCAGCAAUUUAUUGUUGAUGCAUACACAAUGAUGGAAGCAGAGAGAAUUGGAUAUCUCAAGCUCAAUCAAAAAACUUUGCGUGCAGACAACUACAACAAUAUUUCAGAUUUUGCUUCUACUGGAAAUAAAGAUUCAUCCAUGUGCGGAAGAAAGGUUGUCUUGCCUUCAACUUUUGUGGGAGGUCCAAGAUACAUGCAUGAAAAGUAUAUGGAUGCAAUGGCCGUUUGCUCACAUUUUGGCUAUCCAGAUUUAUUCAUAACCUUCACUUGCAAUCCUAAAUGGCCUGAGAUUACAAGGUAUCGGGGAUCAAAGCUUCCUACCACAGAUGACAUAGACAAGUUUAUAUGUGCUGAAAUUCCAGAUCAAGCAUCUAAUCCAGCAUUAUAUGAUAUAGUUAGAGAUAUAAUGGUUCAUGGUCCCUGUGGGUUAGCAAAUCCAAACUCGCCAUGUAUGGUGAAAGGAAAAUGUACCAAGCGAUUUCCUAAAGAUUUUUCCCCUCAUACUUCCAUUAAUAAAGAAGGAUUCCCAGUUUACAGAAGAAGAGAUGAUGGAAAAUCAAUGAAGAAAAACGGGAUUGAGAUUGAUAACAGGUACAUCAUUCCUUAUAACCCACAACUACUCCUCAAAUAUCAAGCUCAUAUCAAUGUGGAAUGGUGCAAUCAAUCAAGAGCCAUCAAGUAUUUGUUCAAAUACAUCAACAAAGGAAAUGACCGAGUAACUGCAAAACUACUGCAAGUGUCAGCAAAUGGAGGAAAUUCUGAAAAUACUUCUCAAAAUAUAGUAGAUGAAAUCAAGCGUUUCAUUGAUUGUCGGUAUAUAUCACCAUGUGAAGGAAUGUGGAGAAUAUUGGGGUUUGAGCUACAUUACAGUAGCACAUCUAUUCAAAGGUUGUCUUUCCAUAUACCUGGAGAACAUAAUGUCACCUAUGAUGACGAGGAAGAUAUUGAUGACGUAUUGACAAAAGAGAAAAAUCAAACGUCACAAUUUUUGGAGUUUAUGAAAAUGUGUAGUCAAAAUUCUGAUGCAAAGGAAUUGACUUACAUUCAGUUCCCCUACUUUUUUGUAUGGAACAAGUCGAAACCAGAAUGGACUCCACGUCAACGAAGUUCAGCUGUUGGUAGAAUCCAUCCUACUUCACCAUCCGCCGGUCAACGAUUCUACUUGAGGAUUCUUUUGAACAAAGUUAAAGGACCAACAUGCUACGAAGAUAUACGUACCGUUGAUGGAAUUACAUAUCCAACCCACAAGGAAGCUUGCUAUGCUUUAGGUUUACUUGAUGAUGAUAAGGAGUACAUUGAAGCCAUCAAGGAAGCAAGUCAAUGGGGGUCAGGUGUUUACUUACGUCGAAUAUUCGUUUAUCUUUUAGCUUCAGAAAGUUUGUCACAAACUGAACAUGUUUGGUCGGAAACAUGGCAUUUACUUUCUGAUGACAUUUUACAUAUGCAACGUGCAAUCCUCCAGAGGCCAGGACUAGAAAUGUCAAAUGAUCAGCUAAAGAAUCAAACUUUGUUGGAGAUCGAAAAGCAGUUACGCUCCAGUGGAAAUACUCUCGAAAACUUCUCUUCAAUGCCAUUUCCCACAAACAUCAAUAUUCCUUCUAUGGUCAAUAGAUUGAUAACUGAUGAGCUGUUUUACGACAGAGACGUAUGUGCUCAGGAACAUCAAAGAUUACAGUCUAGAUUGACGUCUGAACAAAGGGAUAUUUAUAAUAUUAUCAUGAAAGCUGUCACAACAAAUUCUGGUGGUGUGUUCUUUGUCAAUGGAUUUGGUGGGACAGGGAAGACAUUCCUUUGGAAAACUCUAUCAACAUACAUUCGUUCAGUUGGAGAUAUCGUCUUGAAUGUAGCUUCAAGUGGAAUGGCAGCACUGUUACUAGAUGGAGGACGCACAGCUCAUUCUCGGUUUUCAAUCCCAUUACAGCUGAACGAAUGUUCCACUUGCUCAUUUACCACAAAUAGCGAGAUAGCUGAAUUGUUAUUGAAAGCUAAGUUGAUCAUUUGGGAUGAGGCACCAAUGUUGCACAAACAUUGUUUUGAAGCUCUAGAUAGAAGUUUGAAAGAUGUUUUACGAGCAGCAAAGGCUCCUAACUACAAUAGGCCAUUUGGUGGUAAGACUAUUAUUUUUGGAGGUGACUUUCGCCAAGUGCUCCCAGUAAUUCAUAGGGGUAGCAGGCAAAAAAUUGUGCAAGCUUCUCUCACUUCUUCUGUGCUGUGGAAAUCUUGCAAGGUGCUUAGUUUAACAAAGAAUAUGCGGCUAACUGUUGAUUCAGACCCAGCAGAAACUGAAUCCAUCAAAGAAUUCUCCGAAUGGAUUCUAAAAUUAGGCGAUGGGAAGUUAUCUGAACCCAAUGAUGGUGAAGCAGUGAUUGAUAUACCAGAUGACAUGCUGCUCAUGGAUUCACUUGAUCCAAUCACGUCAAUCACUAAUGCCACGUAUCCGUCACUGAUAGAGCAUAUGGAGGAUGAGUUUUUUUCAAAGAUCGUGCUAUAUUAUGUCCCACAAAUGAUGUUGUCAAUGAGGUCAACAAUCACAUCAUGGAUCUUCUUCCGGGUGAUUUACAGACAUAUUAUAGCUCUGAUAAAAUCUGUGAAUCAGAUUUCAGUGAUAAAAGAGAUGAAGAUGUCACAGUUGAAUUCCUUAACUCGAUUAAGUGUGCAGGAGUGCCCAACCAUGUUCUGA